UCUUCCAUCACUUCUGAGCGGUUAGAAACUCUCUGAUCACCCGCAGAAGUUUUUUUGCUUGGAGACGAGUAGUUAUUUGGUUUCUUGGAAGCAAUUAUUGCCGCGUUUCGUGACGUGUGAUUCUUCGGUGAUUCGAUAUUUGAAUAGAGACGUUAAUAAGAUUCAAAUGGUAAUAUAGUUGUCGCCUAUUAGUUUCUAGGAAAGAACGACUUUAUUGCACUGUAAUAUUUUGUAGUAAAAAAAGAAAAUUAUUACAAUUGCUUUUAUCUGUAAUUUUCUAAUUAAAUUACACUUCGUUGAAGAUAAUAAUAGAGUCAUACUGUACUUUGUCAUACGGUAUGCCGUUGCUUUACUGGCUCUGUUGGUGGUGUUGCAACAACCAGCUGAGUCGAAAAAGGGCGUGUCAUUCGAAGCGGAUUGGCAGACGGAGCAUAUCUCAACUAGACGGCGAAAGUGCUCGAUGGUCUGUGAAAUUUCGAUGACAAUUUUGCGGUUCCACUGUACUCGUUACGAUAGAGGGUGGGAUAUAAAAGAGGAGCAUUCUCUACGACGUCAAACGAUGUUGAAACGUUGAUCCUGACGUUCGACGCUUAUCCUCUUUGAUAGAAAGCAUGAUCUUCAAGUACCUAUGCCUUCUUCUACUAAACCUAAUCGCGAUCUACGGAGUAUCCUCCAAGCAUGUACACCUGAAGAUUCUCGUGCCAGAUCUGAUCAACCACCACACGCACACGAGGACCGUUCUCUUGCAUGUUCACGUGCCAACGCCGAAGAAGCCGAAAACUCACAAGAAUCACAGGAUUCACCACGCGAGUUGGAGUUCGUGGAAGUACGGGCGUCAUCGCGAUUUGAAGGACGAGCACGAGGAGGAACUUGACCACGAGAACCAUCACAAGGAUCACGAAGAGAAAUUGAACGAGAAAUGGCCGAAGAAUCACAAACGAGACAGACAAAAGUAUUUUCCUGUGUACGACCAUCACAAAGACUCUUAUCAUCCGCCGUCUUACGUGGAAGAUAAUGACUUGAAGGAUCAUGGUGAGGAUACUUACGCGGUUCACGAGGACGUGAAUGAUAUACCCCCAAAUACCGAGUCUCUCAGUUAUAAUUACGAAGAGGGAUACAAAAAGGGUUUAGAAACGAUAACUGGACACGUUCGAUCUGGUCAGACGCACAAGUUUCACGAUGAUCAACACGAAGAACAGGGUGAUAUCGAGACCGAUGGGUUUAAAGAGGAGUUCGAAACCAAAACGGGCGCUGGUAGAUAUUUGGUGGAUGAUGUAGAAUACGAGAAUACUAGGGAUAAACGCGAUCAUCGUCGAAGAUCUAGGAAAAGGAUCCAUAAAACACCAACGAAUUCCAGUCGAGGAACGAGAAACGAUAGUAAAACGUAGAACGUUGGAACGGUAUUCUGUUAAAUGUACAGACGCAUGUAUGUGUAAUGUGAUUUUGUAGAUACGUGGUUUCUGGAUGUUUGUUCUAAUUUCUGUUUGUAAGUUUUGGUCGUUGUAUAGUUGUAAUAAAUAAUAAGUAACACAGGAAAUAAAAGGGUGGCGAUGUUUCAGGUA